CUCCAAGCAGAUCUUGUAAUGGCGUCGCCAUCCAAGCAGCGUGGUGAUGCUGAUGCAAGCAGCUCGGAGGGAUCCACUGCAUCCACACAAUCCGGCCACCAACACAACAGCAAGAAAUCGCACGCGAGCAUGAUGAAGACCAACAGCAGCAGAUGGCUGGCUACGCUGAUGUACUGUGUGUCGGACGUCGUCCUGCAGAUUGCGCUUGCCUAUCUGCUCACGCAGAUCUUUGGCCCUAUGCUCCGUUGGGUCAACAAGGUGGACUUCCAGACCACGGCAGGAUGGUUCGGCGCCAUCUACAGCAUCACGCUGGCUCACUCUCUCGCGCAAUACUUCAUCAUCGCCACAGCUGUUGAUCUUCUGGCCGAUCACGUCUUCCCCGAGUCCAUCCAGCUGGCCACACACAAGCGGCGCAAGCUGCUGGAGGAAGAGGCAAGGGGUGCUGCAAAACAACGAUCGGGGCCGCCUUAUGACUACGCAAACCGUGGCUACUUUGUCAACCACAUGCUGUUCACCAUGAGGUAGGUGGGCAGGCAACGAACGAGAUCUGGGCCCCGGCCAAAGACAGUCCAGACAGACAGACAGACAGACAGACAGACGUGUAGUCACAUCAUACCAUUGAUAUGCAAUCAAUCAGGUGGUGUGCCCCCAUUGCUUUGGGAGCGGUCGUGUGGAUGCCGCAGCUGCUGAUCGACGAGAACCCUCCGCUGUGGCUCAUCCCACUCAAGGUAAAUGUGGUGACACACACACACACAUGCCGUAUGCACACACAGACAUACACACACCUCACCUCUGUGGCUCGUCUGUCUGUCUGUCUGUCUGUCUGUCUGUCUGUGCCACCCCUUAAACCUCACCAGGUCCAAUGCGGCCUAGUGGCUGGCGACCUGGUGUACUACUGCAUCCACAUCUCUCAGCACAAAUCGCGCACCCUCUAUAAGUGGACCGAUCACGGCUUCCACCACCAGUUCAUCUACCCGUGGGCCAGCACCAGCACAUGGCUGGGGACUGUUGACCUGCUGCUCGCCGCCUUUGCCAUUGGCGCCUGCAGCGUCUUGUGCACUCAGCUCGUCUUCGGCCGGUACACACGCACACACGCUCGCUACUUGUGUGCUGGUGUGUGGCGGGAGAGUGGUGCUCAUAUUGGUCUAUGUGUGGCUGUGUGUAUGUCUGUGUGUCUGUGUGUGUGUUUGGGGGGGUUUGUGUAUCUGUGGGUGCGGUGCAGGCUUUCUUUGUUUGAAUACACGCUCGUCCUCAAGUAAGUGCAGUUGGUGCGUAUGGACCGGUGGCAGGCAGGGAGGGAGGAGACAAGCAUGUCAUGUGUUCACUCACUCACGCAUCUGUCUGUGUCAUUCAUCGUAUUGCCGGUCGAUGAUAUGAUGUGUGGCUGUCAGUUAUGUGCACGAGAUGAACUGUGUCGACCACAGCGGGUGCGAGUUCCCCUUCUGGAGGUACUCUACUCACUGUACAGAUCAGAUGUGUAUACGGCUGGGGGAGUGGGUCCGACACCACACCCAAACAAACCGUGCAUGGCAUGUGUUCUCUGUUUCUUGGGUUGUCUGUCUAUUGCUCAUUCUUCAUCCUAUCCAGCGGCUGUCCGUUCUUCCCUCCGUUGGGCUACUUGUUUAACCUCGACAAGAGCAUCGCCUUCCACGAAGGUCAGUCAGCUCGGCCGUACACGCAACCAACAUGGUUGCAGACAGACCAUAGACAGAUAUUUUUCUGUCUUCCGUCCGUGUCUGUUAGCGCAUCACAACUUCAACUACUACUCAUUUGGCCUGCUCGGUGUGGCAGACCAGCUGUUCGGCACGGCCAAGUAUCCACCCAACUACCACCACAGCUCAGACGGCAGUGUCCAGAACAAGGCAGCCUAGACGGACGGACGGACGGACGUGUGCACACGUCGACGGCUUAAGCCGUCCAUGGCUGGCUACUGCCACAGAGAGGCGAAAGUCCG